GCAGCAACAAACCAUAUUUACAAGAACCUCCUCUCAAAUUGGAAUCUUGACUGUUGUUGAAAUAUGGCAAAAAGCUGGCUUCUUUUUGUUCUUCUCCUUCAUGCCAUUGCCAUUGAGGCUGCAAUGAGUGUUAGUGUUAGUGGUGGUGUUGGGGUUGGAGUUGGAAUUGGAAUGGGUGGUGGGAAUGGUGGUGGUGGUGGUGGAGGGGUUUGGAUUGGUGGAGGAAUCAACAGUCCAGGGCCAACAGGCUCUUCUGGUGGUUCAAAGCUUCAAAAAGCAUACACUGCUCUUCAAGCUUUGAAAUCUGCAAUUUCUGAAGACCCAUUGGGGAUUUUGAAUUCAUGGGUUGGGUCAAAUGUGUGUGAUUACAAAGGGGUUUUCUGCUCAGACUCUCAGGAUUUUAUGGGCAACCCAGAUGAAGUUGUUGCAGGUAUAGAUCUCAACCAUGCAAAUCUCAAAGGGGUUCUUGUAAAAGAGCUUUCUUUGUUAACAGACCUCUCCCUCCUCCACCUCAACACCAACAGAUUUUCAGGCACUAUCCCUGAAACCUUCAGAGACCUUGUUUCCCUCACUGAGCUAGACCUAAGCAACAACCAGUUCUCAGGCUCAUUCCCCAUCACUGUUCUCCUCAUCCCAAAUCUCCUCUACUUAGACAUCAGAUUCAAUUCCUUCUCAGGACCCAUUCCUGAGCAAGUCUUCAACAAGAAGCUUGAUGCAAUUUUCCUCAAUGACAAUCAGUUCAGUGGAGAAUUGCCUCAGAGUUUGGGGAAUUCUCCAGCUUCUGUCAUCAAUUUGGCGAACAACAACUUCUCUGGUAGCAUUCCCUUCAGUUUAGGGUACAUGGGUCCAAGAAUCAAGGAAAUUUUGUUCCUAAACAACCAGCUAACAGGUUGCAUCCCUGAAGGAGUUGGGAUGUGGACAGAUUUGGAGGUUCUUGAUGUGAGCUCAAAUUCCUUGAUGGGGCAUUUGCCAGACUCAAUUUCCUGUCUGAGUGGCAUUGAAGUCCUGAACUUGGCAAACAACAAGCUCUCUGGGGAGUUGCCAGACAUUGUUUGCUCACUGAAGAGGCUGUUGAAUUUGACCAUAACUUACAACUUCUUCUCUGGGCUGAGCCAAGACUGUGACAGGCUUCCAACUAGGAAUGUGGGGUUUGAUUUCUCUCUCAAUUGCAUUCCAGGAAGGCAAAUGCAGAGGUCACAACCAGAGUGUUCUGCUAUCCCAGGAAGCAGUCUGAGUUGCCUUAGAAUCCCUUCACCCAAACCCACUGUGUGUGGGGCAUUGAUUGGUGGUGAAGGUGAAAAGACCAGUGCAAGCCCUCCUCCUCCUCAUUGAUUUGGUUAGGUGCACCAUUAUGAUUCCCACUGUUUUUCUCUUUUUUUUUUUUUUGGUUGGAAAACAACUUAGUAUUGGUUGUCUCAUUAACUGGGAUUGCGAUAAUGUAUGACUUAUUAAUUUGUCCUUCCUUAUCUAUUUAUUUUUGAAGUGUACAAGAUAAUGAAUAUAUGUAUUUAUAUCUUCCCUUGCA